AUGGAGUUAGUCGAGAAGUUGGUCACCAUGAAUGGAGCUCAGAGUUUGACCGACAAGCUCAAGGAGUUCAAAACACCGGCUGUCAGGAAAGCGACAUUCCAGGCUGUUGCACUUUUUUCCUUCAUGCAGAUCUGCGGGCUGAACAGCAUAAUCAUGUACAUGGAGAUAAUCUUGACCAACGCAAAGUUCAAUCUCUUCAAACCAUGUGGUCGCAAUUUUUUGCUGCUACUCGCUAGCGCUGGUACCACCAUCUCGUUGCUCGGUUUGAUGAGUCAUUACCUGAUGAUGGACGCCGGUAUGGAUGUGACGGAUAUACAGUGGUUACCUUUGGUCUCCAUAUUUCUCUACAUGAUCGCAUAUUACAUCGGUCUGAUGCCUGUGCCCAGUACCAUAUUGAACUUACCAGCGCCUAUGCUGGACUCUAUGGGCGAAGCUUACGUGUAUCUGGUCUACGCGAUACUCUCGGCUCUGUUGGCACCGUACACCCUGCUGUUUAUGAUGGAAACCAAGGGCAAGAGUUGGCAGGAGAUUCAGGACAAACUCACGAGGAAGUAG